GGACAGAAAGGGAGGAGAGCGGCUAUGGGUGGAUAGAGAUGCUGUUGCCAGGAAACAGCAGCAAUUAGACAUCCACCAACAACGGCAGCAGGAUUAUCUAGUGGAGUAAAGGGAAACAGAGAAUAGUCAUCAUUUUCCCCAUGUUGCUGUACGGAUAAACAAGCUGUCCCUGUGGACUUUUUGGAUGAGGAGAAAUCUUGGGAAUUUAUACUGCAGUGAGAGGAGAAGAUACUCCACAUGAAGAGAAAAAGAGUAACGAGAGAGAGAGAGAGAUCAUGAUGCCAGAGCAGAUGCAUUCCCAUUGAAAGGAUUUUGUGUCUUGGUGGGUGGACGUAGGGGCUGAGAGAUACGCUGACCGCACACACCGCCAAUCUUUCCCCAACAAAGGUGGCCAGGGACGGAGGAAAAGAGGGGGAGUCCAGAACAGAGGUUCCUCCUGUCUUCAGACACCUGCUGCUGGCUCGCUACUGACACUGAAGACACUGUAUGACUGUGUCUGCGCACGAAUAUAUGUGUGUGCAUGUGAACUCAUGAAAUACCGAGAGGAGGAAAUUCACACUGACCCCAUGCUUCUCUGUUGAUGCGGGACUAUUUCCCCUCAAAUCUUUGCAUCAAAGACUGCAGGAGAACGAGAGUACUCUGGCACACCCCGGGAGAGGACCCAAGGGGAUCUUACACUGCUCAUGCCCAUGAAUGGGCUCCACUGAGGCAACGCUACGAAUGGAGAACAUGGAAGUGAAGGACGAGUGGCAGGAUGAGGACUUCCCCAGACCUCUACCAGAGUACGGAGAGAUGGAUGCCUCUUGUGGUCUCACAGACAACAGAGUAUCUCCUCCUAGUUCUCUGCACGUUAGCCCACCUGGAGGAGGAAGCGGGGUGUCCUCAUCUCACCGCAAAAGGCGUACGCUGAUUGCUCCGGAGAUGAACCUGUCAUUGGAUCAAAGUGAAGGUUCUCUGCUGUCAGACGACUUCCUGGACACGCCAGAUGACCUGGACAUCAACGUGGAUGACAUUGAUACACCAGAUGAAACAGACUCGCUGGAGUUCAUAACCAAUGGCAAUGACCUGGAGUGGGAAGAUGAAACCCCGGUGGCCUCGGCCAAAGCAGGUCCUGGUGAGGGUUCAGGAGAAGUGGGAGAGGAUGGACCUGCAAACAAUGGUCGGCUUUGGAGAACAGUGAUAAUCGGAGAGCAGGAACAUCGCAUUGACAUGCAGGUCAUCAGACCUUACCUCCGCGUCAUCACUCAUGGAGGUUAUUAUGGAGAGGGUCUCAAUGCCAUCAUCGUAUUCUCAGCUUGUUAUUUGCCUGACAGCAGCUGUCCAGAGUAUCACUACAUCAUGGAAAACCUCUUUCUGUACGUGGUGAGCAGCCUGGAGAUGCUGGUGGCUGAAGACUACCUGAUCAUCUACAUGAAUGGAGCCACACCUCGGAAUAAGAUGCCCGGGAUCAGCUGGCUAAAGAAAUGCUACCAAAUGAUUGACAGACGAUUAAGGAAAAACCUAAAGGCUCUGGUCAUCGCUCAUCCCACUUGGUUCAUCCGCACUGUCCUGGCUAUAUCCAGGCCUUUCAUCAGUGUGAAGUUCAUGAACAAGAUCCAGUAUGUCCACAGUCUGGAUGAACUGGCCGAGAUCGUUCCCAUGGAGCACGUCCACGUUCCUGACUGCGUGGUGCAAUUUGAUGAAGAGAGGAUUAAAGCCCGGAGGGAAAGAAUGGAGCAGGAACGGCAACAGCAAGAGCAGCAGUCAGUCCCGCAAGAGCCUAUCAAAAAGUCUGAGAGGCCAAAGUCGAUGAUUGUUGGUCAAGGAUUAUGAGUAAGAGAAAGCUGAAGGUGAAGGUAUGAACAGGGCGAGCAGGUCCAGUGAGUCUAUCCCUUCCACCUUGUUUUAUCAACAUCCAGCUGACAUCCAUCCAAACGAGGAACGCUCCGUCCUGUCAUAUUCACCCCAUCGGGAACUCGGUCCUUCUCUCUCCUGAAAGGUUUUACACCCCAACGUGAAAUUGUACAAAGGAAGUGGCUGCUGUCACAAGAACUGUUUGAACUGGAAGCUGCAGUUUUCUGAGCUCCAAAUGUCGGGUUGCUUCGUGAGUUUCUGUGUAGGUGAUAAUUUGGAGAAACGACGUGAACUUGAAAGCUCUUCUGUAUGUGCUCUUUGAAGAAAUUGAUUUCAUAUGUGUUCACAUGUCAAUUUGUAUAGAUAUAAUGUCAAAAGUAGAAGGAGCAAGGGUUAAACAAGACAGAUGCCUUCAUCUUUACUUCUUCUUACCUCAUAACUGCUGUAUCGUGAGGCCUUUUUCGAGUUCUCUCUUAUCUGGUCCCAACAUGUUAUAUACAGCACAUCCUUACAUCCAACAUUCACUGAUGUGACAAUUAUUUGCUGUUUCUGGUCCCAUUUGCUCUGUGAAGCUUUCUUUGUGCCCUUGGUCCUGUACUAUAUGCUGUGCUAUGAUGUGCCUCCAUUAUCUCUGUCUCACUAUUUGGCUUCUCUGGUCUAGACGAUCCAUGUGAUAAAUAUCUAUGAACAUUUGAGCAAUACUUGUUUAUUUUGUAUAUGAUGGCAACAUAAAUAGUCUUUGGCUAGCAUUAAAUGCAUAAGCCUAACAUUUAAAUGACAUACAUAUUAAAUAUCUACUUUCUGUUUGUGAUGGAUAUAAUACCAACCCAACACAUGCAGAGCAUCUACAUUACAUCUACAUUGCAUCCACAAUUUCAUUGUACUUAUACCUGUACAAUGACAAUAAAGCCUAUUCUAUUCUAUUCUAUUCUAUUCUAUUAAUGGAAAGCGGCAAAACAAUCACUACAAAACACACAAGGAUUGCUCUUUUAUAAACUGUAUAUUUCUGAUUAUAGAUUUUUUCCAUAUGGAUCAGCUUAAAUUGAAAAAAAUAUAUUGUAAUUGCCAACUGCAUGAAUGGAUGGGAAUAGGAAUUUUUACAUUUAAUUACUGGUGGCAUCCUUACUUUUAUACGUGGUUAUUUUGGAUAAAUGCCUGUGACAUUACCGAAAGCUUAGACAUCCUAAUGUAUUUUGGUCAUUUGAUGGGGUUAAAAUUAUUAUCAUUAUUGUUUUAAAGUCUUCCAUCUGUUCAACACAUUGUAGCAGGAAGACAGAACAGUGAUAGCCACGGCUGCAUUAUCUGGAUGCUACCAAUGCUGAUUUGCACUAUUGGGUGAAGCUCCAAUGCAAGACUUGAAUAGUGUCAGAAUAGAAUGUGAUUGUUUUAUUUUCAGCAGCUUUUUCAUUGUUGCUAGUGAGACUCAUGCAUUUGUUAAGCUUUUGGUAGGUUGUGGAAAUGUCUAUGCAUCUUUGGUCCAGAAAUGGGACAAAUGAAGCCUGUUUGCUCUCAGUUCUGACUUUGCUUUGGUGCCUCUCUGAAGCAGGAACAUUGAUACAAGGUUCAGCUAUUCUUUGUUUUUCUAUUCUGUCCUUUAAACAAUUUUUUACAGCAGUUAUGUAAAAUAUUCAUCACCUUUGAUGGAGCAGAACCAGCAUGGUAGCAGCUUGUCAGUCUGUGAGGGACGGCUCCUUUUUGUGAAUUGCUCAGUCAAUUGAGUGCCUGCUGCCGAACCAAAAGGAAUUCUACAAACGGGAAGGAAUGUAAAGUAUAUAUUUUUGCUUGAUUAUUUUUAUUUGACCCCAAAAAAAUGCCUGUAGCUAACAUGAUGUUUCCAAAAUGAAAAUCUUCAUUUUGACUGUAAAAGCACAACAUCUAAAAUAUGAGAAAUACUAUGUCUACCAUUCGUCAAGUGUAAAAUGCUUGCUCAGAUUCCGAUUAUUACAUUGACUAUUAUUAUUCCUGGUCUUCAUUUUGCUGUAAAUUUGAAUGAAUAAAUUGC